AUGCCGGUCGCAGAUCUGUACAUUGAUCUAUUCCAGAAGAUCAAGUCUCUUGGUUACAACAUGGUCAGCUUUUACGUUGAUUGGGCACUGCUUGAGGGUAAGCCUGGCGUGUACCGCGCAGAGGGUGUUUUUGAUCUACAACCGUUCUAUGAUGCUGCUCAAGAAGCGGGUAUCUACCUCCUUGCAAGGCCUGGCCCAUACAUCAACGCAGAGGUGUCGGGAGGUGGCUUUCCAGGAUGGCUUCAGAGGGUCAACGGCACUCUGCGAACCAGUGCGCCGGAUUAUUUGAACUCUACCAACAACUAUAUGAAGAACAUCGGCGCGAACAUCGCGAAGGCUCAAAUUACGAACGGAGGUCCGAUUAUCCUCGUGCAGCCUGAGAACGAGUACACGCAAGCAACUUCGGCCAUCCAACCUUUCCCGGAUCCGGUAUAUAUGGAGUACAUAUACAAACAAAUUCGCGAUGCGGGUAUUGUUGUGCCGCUGAUUAGCAACGAUGCAUCAGCAAAAGGAAACAACGCACCAGGGAAACCUGCGCCUGUUGACAUCUAUGGUCAUGAUGGAUACCCACUGGGCUUCGAUUGCGCGAAUCCUGAAGUUUGGCCCGAUAACAACCUGCCCACAAAUUGGAACCAGUUACACCAACAGCAAAGCCCUAGCACGCCCUACUCAAUCAUCGAGUUUCAGGCCGGUAGCUUCGAUCCCUGGGGUGGACCUGGAUUCGACAAGUGCUACACUCUUGUGGGCGCUGCGUUCGAGAGAGUGUUCUACAAAAACUUGUACAGCUUUGGUGUUACGAUUCUAAACCUGUACAUGACUUGGGGCGGUACCAACUGGGGCAACUUGGGUCACCCUGGUGGCUACACCUCGUACGAUUAUGCGUCGCCAAUCCGAGAGGAUCGCCGCGUAGAUCGUGAGAAGUACUCCGAGCAGAAAGUGCAGGCGAACUUCUUCAAGGUCAGCCCAGCGUAUUUGACCGCGACCCGAGGAAAUGCAUCAAACACGACCUGGACGACUACGAGCGAUUUGUCUGUCACUCCAGCCUGGGGCAAUGGCACUGGCUUCUACUUCCUUCGUCACUCCAAAUACAACUCGCUUGCAACGACGAGCUACAAGCUCAAGAUCUCGACUUCAGCCUUCGGAAACAUCACUGUGCCCCAGACAAAUGGCACUUCGUUGACUUUGAACGGCCGUGAUGCUAAGAUCCAUGUCAGCGACUACGACCUUGGUGGCACGACACUGGUCUAUUCGACUGCCGAGAUUUUCACGUGGCAUAAGUAUGCGGACAAGACUGUUUUGGUGGUAUACGGUGGACCGGGCGAGACUCAUGAGCUUGCUAUUGCCGUCACUGGACUCGAAGUACUCGAGGGUGAUGUUCAAAGUACUGCUACGCGUGGUUACACGCUUCUGAGCUUCAAGGCGGAUGGAAGCCGGAAGGUCGCUAAGCUCGGUGCGUACAACUAUUGGUCCAUCGACACCGCUCCUCACUCCUCCGCCAACCCCGUAAUACUUAAUGCUGGCUACCUCAUGAGGACUGCAAAGGUAGAUGGUACAACUUUGGCCCUCACUGGGGACCUCAAUACCACAACAACUGUCGAGGUUUUUGGUGGUGCGCCCAACGUCACCAAAUUGACUUUCAACGGCAAGGAUGUUGGCUUCACGACAUCAAAGGAAGGUGUCAUUUGCGCUAGUGUCGAUGUCCCAAAGAUCGAUCUUGCAGUUCCCAAAUUGAACGACCUGGAAUGGAAGUACGUCGACUCGCUGCCCGAGAUUCAAGCAGACUACGACGACAGUGCAUGGGUUACUGCCGAUCUCCCAAAGACGUACAACUCCCUCAGGCCACUAAAGACACCCAUGUCCCUCUACUCAUCGGACUACGGCUUCCACACCGGCACCCUUCUUUUCCGUGGAACCUUCACAGCUACCGGCAACGAGACAUCCUUCUACCUCUCUACCCAAGGUGGAUCAGCAUUCGGCUCCUCCGCCUGGAUUGGCGACCACUUCCUCGGCAGCUGGCGUGGCUACGACGCCGCUCUUAGCGGCAACAAUACCUUUUCUCUUCCGAACCUGACCGCGGGCAAGAAGUACAUCAUCACUGUCGUCGUCGACAACCAAGGCCUCGACGAGAAUUGGACCAUUGGCACUGAGACUAUGAAGAACCCCCGCGGAAUCCUCGACUACAAGCUCUCCGGCCACGCCGCUUCUGACAUUACCUGGAAAUUGACUGGCAACCUGGGUGGCGAGGACUACGUCGAUAUCUCGCGUGGCCCACUCAACGAGGGUGGAUUGUACGUCGAGCGCCAGGGCUUGCAUCAACCAGGCGCAUUUGCGGCAUCGGGAUGGACGGCCAGCAAAGGCCCUGUUAACGAUGGUAUCAGUGCGCCCGGAAUUGGCUUUUUCGCGACUGAGUUCGAGCUCAAUGUCCCCGCUGGCUACGACGUUCCCAUGUCGUUCACAUUCACCAAUGGCACAUCAGCGACGAAUGGCUCCAGCGUACCGGCAUAUCGCGCGCAGUUAUACGUGAAUGGCUUCAAUUACGGUAAAUACGUCAGCAAUGUGGGUCCACAGACAAACUUCCCUGUCCCUCAGGGAAUCCUGAACUACCAGGGUACGAAUUACCUGGCUGUGUCACUCUGGGGUUUGGACAGUGGCGCGACGAAGCUCGAAGGAUUCGAGCUAGGCAUUGACGGCACACUGUGGAGCGGUCUCGGAGAAGUCAAGUACGUCGAGGGUCAAACAUAUGCAGCAAGAAAGGGAGCGUAUUAG